AUGUCAAACACCGGGAAAGCGGGGGUAUGUGGGAAGGCAGAGAACCUUCUGGUGCGACCAGGUCAGAUAAAGCACUUGCUAGUGUGGUUGCAUCUGAUACAACCAUACCAGGCACUAGGGUCGGAUUGGGAUGGAAAACGAACCUGGAAAAUUUAUGGAAACAAAGAUAAUGGAGGACCACCACCAUGGCAAGCUGCUGCUGCUGGGAGCCCCGACCAAGCCCCUUCUGAGCCCUCCUCCUCUUCUGUUGACCAAUCCCCCUCUCCUUCCCAGUCCCCUUCUCAGCCCCCCUCCCCUUCUGUUGCCCAAUCCCCUUCUCCUUCCCAGUCCCCUUCUCAGCCCCCCUCCCCUUCUGUCGCCCAAUCCCCUUCUCCUUCCCAGUCCCCUUCUCAGCCCCCCUCCCCUUCUGUCACCCAAUCCCCAUCUCCUUCCGAGUCCCCUUCUCAGCCCCCCUCCCCUUCUGUCGCCCAGUCCCCUUCUCCUUCCCAGCCCCCCUCUCCUUCUGUCGCCCAAUCCCCCUCUCCUUCCCAGUCCCCUUCUCAGCCCCCCUCCCCUUCUGUCACCCAAUCCCCUUCUCCUUCCCAGUCCCCUUAUCAGCCCCCCUCCCCCUCUCUUUACCAAUACCCAUCUCUGUCCCCCUCCCCCUCUGAAGGCGGACAAACAACCACUCCGACCACCUCCCCCUCUCUUUCCCAGACCCCCUCUCUGGCCCCCUCCCCCUCUGUUGCCCAAACACCCUCUCCACCCCCCUCCCCCUCUCAAUCAGACCCACCCUCUGAAAGCAGGUCCCCAAUCCCUCCUCCUUCCCCAAUCCCUCCUCCUUCCCCAAUCCAGCCUCCUACCCCCAUCCAGCCGCCUUUACCCAUCCAGUCGCCUUCCCCCAUCCAGCCGCCUUCCCCACCCAGUGAAUGGGCAGAAGAAGCCCCUGCGGAGAUUCCGGGGAGUCCGCAUGUGGCAGAUGAGAAUGUUGCAGUUGGAGAUCCCACAACUUUGUGGGCAUUCUGGACACCAUGCGCCAACACCUGCAUGGCUUACUGAGGAGUAUUGACCAGCUCCAAAAAUUUGCCUGAUUUUUUUUGUAAACAUUUUAUUUUUCUGUUAAAAAUAAAUAAAUAAAUAAAUAAACAUUGACAAACAA